AUGAUCGCAUAUCGUGAGGCUGUGCGCAAGCUCGAGAUUCACUUCGAAGGCCUGGAACUUCACCACUUUCGCCGUGAUCAUGACCGGAUACCCUUGAAAAAAUUGACUGUAGCAGCGAAUAAAUCCUGCCUUACGUCUUCUUGGAGCAACUCCAGGAUAAUCGAGAGCCGGCUCCACCGCUCCAUGCCACCGCUCGCACCCUCGCCGCAGCUCGCCCCCUCGCCGCCGCUAGUUUCCUCGCCGCACAGCGCUCCCUUGCCGCAGCUCGCGCCCUCGUCGCCGCUCGCACCCUCGCCGCUGCGGAUUCAGCGCUGCUACGCCUCGCCGCUUCAUGACGGAUCGUUGAGGGUGGUCUGCCGAUCUGGUGCACCAUCCCGCUCUGGGAGCAAGUAG